CUAGCCGGUCGUAUACAUAUACCGCAGCUUUUACGAGCGAGUAACCGCAACGGCAGCAGAAACUUACUUCUGUCCAGUUAGUUACGAACCAGCUAGGCUGUCAACUAGUUGAAUCUCUCAGAUAGUGAAAGAAAAUGACCACAUACAGCGACAUUUCCAAGCCGCCCGCGGCGUUGCCAACUUCAAAUCUCAAAAGCAUCGGCCCCGGUGUGUCCUUACUAGCCCCACUGAGUCGCCGAGGACACGGUCCCGGGGUUAUUCUGCUGGUGCCGGACCAUGAGAACCAAUUAACAAUUUCCCAGGGCGUUCCUUCGCUAUUGGUGAAAUGGGCCGAGGAGGGGUAUGCUGUCGUCGAGAUACAGCGGAAGGCCCUCGAGGGGGAUUCAGCCGCUGCCGUGUCAUUGGCCGUUGAUGGACUGGCCGGGUGUGAAGAAUGCCAGCCCAAGGAAAAAAUUGGUGUCGUUGCAUAUGACCCUCACGCCUGGAGCAUAUCUGCUGAUUCCAUCAACAAACUCCCAUCCCUAACAGCAGUAGCAAUCUACACCGACGUAACCCAGGCACAGUCACUCCCUACAACAUCAGUCCCUACAAUCCACCAUGUCGCCGGCAAGUCCACCACGCCUCCGGUCCGCUCUGAAGCCCUCACUGCAUACCACUACCCCGGUACCACAAGUCACGCCUUUGCUACACCUUUUCAGCCAGCUUUUAGCUACACGACUGAGGCACUCUCUCACACACGCAACCUGACUUUACUCAAGCGGCACAUGGGCGGCCCCAACUUCGACCUCGAGCAGAUCUGGGAUGAACACUGCCACUACGAGUUUGUAGACAGGUCGGCUGAGCACACUAUGAGCACCAUGGUGCAGGAGCCGUAUGUCAAUCACGUGCCUGUGCUCACCGGCGGCGUAGGUCGAGAACCCCUGACGAGCUUCUACCGCUCGCACUUCAUCUUCAGCAACGCCUCCGACGCCGAGCUGGAGCUGGUCAGCCGCUCCGUGGCCAUUGACCGAGUUAUCGAUGAGUUCAUCUUCAAAUGUACUCACAACCUUGAGAUAGACUGGCUAGUCCCCGGUAUCCCACCCACUGGGAAGACGCUAGAAAUCCCAUUCACCGCCGUAGUCAACAUCCGUGGUGAUAGGCUAUUCCAUGAGCACAUAUCCUGGGACCAGGGCACUGUGCUCCGCCAGCUCGGUCUGAUGCCCGAGUACCUCCCCUUCCCCUACCCGAUGCCUGACGGCCGGAUCCCCGAGCCGGGGAAGCGGUUCGAGUACCGAGUGCCGGUGGCGGGGGUGGAAACGGCCAACAAGAUGAGGGAUCGGAAUUCGGUGUCGUCAAAUGGGAUGUUUGAAUUCAAAAUUCGUGAAGUGUAGAGCAGAAAGGCUGUACUUUACUUGGGCUAGUCCACUUCAC